AUGAAUUCCAUUGAGCUUCCUUUACUUGAUCGAACAGCCCAAAAUUCAGUUAUUUCAACUACAUUAAAUGAUUUUUCAAAUUGGUCAAGACUCUCUAGUUUAUGGCCACUUCUCUAUGGUACCAGUUGUUGUUUCAUUGAAUUUGCUUCACUAAUAGGGUCACGAUUCGACUUUGAUCGUUAUGGACUAGUACCAAGAUCAAGUCCUAGACAGGCAGAUCUAAUUUUAACAGCCGGAACGGUAACAAUGAAAAUGGCCCCUUCUUUAGUGAGAUUAUAUGAACAAAUGCCUGAACCAAAAUAUGUUAUUGCUAUGGGAGCAUGUACAAUUACAGGAGGGAUGUUCAGUACCGAUUCUUAUAGUACUGUUCGGGGGGUUGAUAAGCUAAUUCCUGUAGAUGUCUAUUUGCCAGGCUGUCCCCCUAAACCGGAAGCAGUUAUAGAUGCUAUAACAAAACUUCGUAAGAAAAUAUCUCGAGAAAUCUAUGAAGAUAGAAUUAGGCCUCAACGUCAACGGUCGAAUCGGUGUUUUACUACAAAUCACAAGUUUCAUAUUAGCCGCAGUAUGAAUACUGGAAAUUAUGAUCAAGGAUUCCUUUAUCAACCGGCAUCUACUUUUACUUCAGAAAUACCUACUGAAACAUUUUUCAAAUACAAAAGUUCAGUCUCUUCCCAUGAAUUGGUGAAUUAG